CCGAAUCACUAACUGGCGCAGGUGUUGGGAAAAUGAUCCACAGUCUGUUUCUCAUAAACUGUUCCGGUGACAUCUUUUUAGAGAAGCAUUGGAAGAGUGUCGUGAGCCAGUCAGUCUGUGACUAUUUCUUUGAAGCUCAGGAGAAAGCUGCUGAUGUCGAAAAUGUACCACCUGUCAUUUCAACACCUCACCACUACCUCAUCAGUAUCUACCGAGAUAAGCUCUUUUUCGUGUCUGUCAUACAGACUGAAGUGCCACCUCUGUUUGUAAUUGAGUUCCUACAUCGAGUUGCUGACACUUUUCAGGACUACUUUGGUGAGUGUUCAGAGGCUGCAAUUAAGGAUAAUGUGGUUAUAGUAUAUGAACUCUUGGAAGAAAUGUUAGACAAUGGAUUUCCAUUAGCUACUGAAUCCAACAUUUUGAAAGAAUUGAUUAAACCACCAACAAUUCUACGUUCUGUCGUCAAUUCUAUUACAGGCAGUAGUAAUGUGGGGGACACACUCCCCACUGGGCAGUUGUCCAACAUCCCCUGGCGCCGAGCAGGAGUGAAGUACACAAACAAUGAAGCCUAUUUUGAUGUUGUCGAAGAAAUAGAUGCAAUUAUUGAUAAAUCAGGAUCUACAGUCUUUGCAGAAAUUCAGGGGGUCAUUGAUGCGUGUAUUAAGCUGUCGGGAAUGCCUGAUCUUUCCCUUUCUUUCAUGAACCCCAGGCUUUUGGACGAUGUCAGCUUUCACCCUUGCAUCCGGUUCAAGCGUUGGGAAUCUGAAAGAGUUUUGUCAUUUAUUCCUCCAGAUGGAAAUUUCCGACUCAUAUCUUACCGUGUCAGCUCACAAAAUCUAGUGGCGAUUCCAGUGUAUGUGAAACAUAGCAUCUGCUUUAAGGAGAACAGUUCCUGUGGCCGAUUUGAUAUUACAAUUGGACCAAAGCAGAAUAUGGGAAAAACUAUUGAAGGAAUCACAGUGACAGUUCACAUGCCAAAAGUCUUGUUGAAUAUGAACCUGACACCAACACAAGGCAGCUACACAUUUGACCCGGUCACCAAGGUACUAAUGUGGGACGUGGGGAAAAUUACUCCACAAAAGCUCCCAAAUCUCAAAGGGCUGGUAAAUUUACAGUCUGGAGCACCCAAGCCAGAAGAGAACCCAAGCCUGAACAUACAGUUCAAGAUCCAGCAGCUUGCUAUUUCAGGCUUAAAAGUUAACCGCUUGGACAUGUAUGGGGAGAAAUAUAAGCCAUUUAAAGGAGUCAAGUAUGUCACCAAAGCUGGCAAGUUCCAAGUGAGGACAUGAGGCCAGAAUUCCUCGAGAUCACUAUUUUCCAACUGUCAUUCUAAUAUCUUACUGCUGAGUAACGAGUGGGUGGGGUACAUACUCUAGUUAUAGCAUUUGUGUCGAGCUACACACCCCUAACAAAAUCGCUUAGUAAUCAAAGUAGGGUUCUUAAGGAGCUUUAAGCUAAGGAAACUUUUCUAAUGACUUUGCUUGUUUUGUAUCUUUUAAUUAAGGAAGACUUUGGCGGUGAUUUUCUCUAUAGAGGGUUAUUAGCUGGACGCUGCACAUUUAACAGAAAGAUGAACUUCUCUCCUAAAACACGUGAGCUGGUCUCAGCCCGCAGGCGCUGUCUUAACCUGUGAUAUGAUGUGUCAGGUGCGGCCAGCAGUCUUACCUUCUGGUCUUGCCUCCCCCACAUCAGCUGUCCCCCCGCCCACCCGGAGACGUUUACAGAACACUGCCUCUUCAAGUGUUUGCCUUAUUCAGUUUUUCACUUGUGCCAUUAAGCAAGCACUGUAGCAACAGCCACCUCCACAGGGCCCCAGCCGGAGCUCUGCUGCUCCCUGCUCCACUCUCACUGUACUUGCUAUUGUAUUUUUUAUAAAUGAGAUUUUUAUGUACAACUCAAGUUUUGAUUUACAGAGCCCUUUGCUGCAGUAAAUGGCACCUCAGUUUUGUGCGGCUGGUUCCAUUGUCAGCUAGCACAGUAGGAGUCAUUUGGCUCAAAGGGUGACUGCUUCAUUGAGGCAAUAGCAAGGACACUGCUGCUUUUAGGAGAGACUGUAAGCACAAGCAUUGAGCUCUGAAGC